AUGCAUUUCAGGGUCUUGCUCUCAAUCUCGCUCAUCACUUCGGUCAAUCUGGUUUUAUCAAGUCCUGUGCCUCAGUCCAACAGCGGAUUGACCAAGAGAGGUGCAGUGUUGACUGCCCAAUUUGCCACUGAGUCUGAGGUUCACCGUUUCAUCCUCGAGAACAACUUAUGGGGUGAAGCAGCGGCCACCAGCGGCUCCCAAAGCUCGCAAGUUACUGCGACGAAUGGUGACAGUGUCACUUGGGAAACGACAUAUACUUGGGAAGGUGGCCCCUCUGAUGUCAAAAGCUACGCGAAUUUAGACUUCCGUGAAGAUUUAGGUCAAAGUUUGGCUUCGAUCACCUCUAUCCCGACGACGUGGUCCUGGUCGUACACAUCCGCUUCAUCAGACCUUGUAGCUGAUGUUUCCUAUGAUACCUGGCUGUCCAAUGACGCAUCCUCCAGCGGUUCGUCCUCGACGUCUACUUUCGAAAUAAUGAUAUGGCUGAGUAGCCGAGGAGGUGCUGGCCCUGCGGGCUCUCAAGUCGGAACUGCGGACGUUGAUGGUGUCACUUGGAACCUCUUCCAGGGAGUCGUAGAGACCUGGACUGUGUUUUCUUUUGUUGCACCUAGCGAGAUCACUGAUUUCAACUCUGAUUUGCUUCCGUUCUACACGUUCCUCAUUGAUAACCACGGAGUACCGAGUUCUCAAUUCUUGGUACAAGCGCAAGCCGGAACGGAGCCUUUUGUUGGGAGCGCAACACUCAGCACCAGCUCCUAUGCAAUUUCUAUCAACUGA